CGCGAGAGUUUAGCAGUGCGCCCCCGGGACAUCCGGGUUCCUCCCCGCCGCCCCGCGCUGCUUGGCCCGCCGGAGCCCGGAGGGAAGAUGGCGGUGGAGUCGCGGGUUACGCAGGAGGAGAUUAAGAAGGAGCCUGAGAAGCCCAUCGACAGGGAGAAGACGUGCCCGCUGCUGCUGCGGGUCUUCACCACCAACAACGGGCGGCACCACCGCAUGGACGAGUUCUCCCGCGGCAACGUGCCCUCCAGCGAGCUGCAGAUCUACACCUGGAUGGAUGCAACUUUGAAAGAGCUGACCAGUUUAGUGAAAGAGGUCUACCCAGAAGCACGGAAAAAGGGCACACACUUCAAUUUUGCAAUAGUUUUUACAGAACUCAAGAGACCCGGUUAUAGGGUGAAGGAGAUUGGCAGCACAAUGUCAGGCAGAAAGGGCACAGAUGAUUCCAUGACUCUGCAGUCUCAGAAGUUCCAGAUUGGAGACUACUUGGAUAUAGCAAUUACUCCUCCAAAUCGUGCACCGCCCCCAUCAGGACGCAUGAGACCAUACUAAGUGACAAAGUGUUACUUUGUUUAAAACUGAUCACGUAUAUUUCCCUUUGAUAGUACUUGCUGCUUGAAACAGGCUCUUUUUUGUUUUUAUUGCUAAGCAAGAACAUCUGAGAACACACUUAAGCCUUGGAAACACUUUUAAAUCUUUAUUUUACUCCGUUUAGAAGAAAAUAUCUUUCAGCAGCUUCAUAAUCCUUUUCAUAGUAGCUAUGGUUUGAAAAGUAGGAAUGUUCAGUGUUUCACAAUCUCUAAAAUAUGAGCAGCAUAACAUAGAAGUGUUCUUUUUGUUCUGUUAGAAAGUGUCAUGUUUGGAACAAAUAUAUUGCUAUGUCAUCCAAAAUUUAGUGUCUGUUUUUAAAGAUUAAAUCAGGUCUGCGUAAUAAGUGCUUAAUUAAACCAUUAAUGUCAGGAGUUGUUUCAAUAAAUUGUGGCCUCUAAAAUGAGGAGUGAAGCUUUCCUGGAAUGACCCUGUAACUGACUCCUUUGUGGGAUUAAUAGAGUUAAUGCCAUGUUAACUCUGUGCAAAGUCAUAAGAAAAUUGGGCUUUAAGUCUAUAAUUUCAUCUUUAGUGGUAAGUCUCUCUCAGCUGAGUGAGAUUCAGGGAAAAGACAUGGUAUCUUCUAAAGUUAUGUAGCUGUUUUUCAGAUUGUAGAGAAACUGGCAAAACUGGUUAGCUAAUUGAUCUAAGACAUAAAUACACCGCAUUGUAAAAUGUCAGUUGGCAAGAGAUCUAAAAAUCUUAAAUUCCAAAUGCUAAAUUUACAUUAAGAGUAUUUCUUAGGGAUGUUACUAUACUACGAAACUUCACUAUUCAAAGUAUUUGUCAUGCUCCUUGGUUAACCUUUUGAAGAAGUAAACAAUCCCUUUCUUGCUCAUUUCACUUUGAAUUCCUGUAAACUGCUGCUUUUGCCUUUUGAAUAACAAAAUUUCAGUUGGAAAGAACUUCAGUGUCAUAAAUGCUAAAUAGUCCCCUUUAAAACUCAGCCACACAGCUGUAAUCUCUGCAAAGACAGCUCCAAAACACUUCCUAUAUUAAAAAAUGAGAUUCCCCCUUUCGCUGUCAUUUCUUCCUUUGACUACAGUUUACAGCAAAAGCAGUUAGUGGCGAGGGUUCCUGGGCUAGAGUCUGCUUUUCUUUACUCUUCAAAUAUAUCCACUUUACUCAGUAUGGUAUGUUAGCAACUUGCCUUUUCAGUGCCUGAAGGCUAAAGUAUUUAAUAAAAUUUAAAACAAGCAUUUCUAAGGUCACAGGUGUGACUUCACUGGAAAGUGAUAAUGUAAUUACUGAAAAUUGGGCAGGUUCUAAAUUAACUUAUUUCUUACCAUAUAUGUAAAGUAGCAGAAGUCUUUGAAAAUCCUGAUGGUGGCUUAUACUGAACUGAAUGUUUUUAAAUAAUGUAACAAGUUUUUCUUUUCAACAAGACAGGUGCCUGGAAACAUCCUUUUCCUGCCCCCCUUUUCCUGUUCCUUGAUUCUUAGAACUGUGUGGGAGUUAAAAAGGAGUCUGGAAAGCAAAGACUGACUUUAAGGGUCUGAUCAUAUUAAUGGGAGGUUAAUGAGCACAACAGUGAUUGCCAAGCUCAGAAAAAGCUACACCUGACAUGGCUUGUGAGAUUUUGCAUUAGUAAUUAUCUUUGAUAACACUUCAGCCAUACCUCCCAUACCAGUGCUCCCAUGACUGACUCCCUCUGUGAAAGGUGCCUAGCCCACAUCCAGCCAGAGUGCUAUGCUGCCUCACUGGUUUCUGAUUCUUCUAUGGAAGGAAUGGACAUAAGUUUUAAGAGUAUGUAUUUUAUUUUUAGGGCCCUACCAAACUUAUGGCCAAGAACAAUGCAUCAUGGACUGGGAAAUCUGGCUAUGUAGGGAGGGGCAGGGGCAGGGAUCCCCAUCCCAGAGUCCUUGCUCCCAGAUGCUCAUUGGGGGAGGGAUAGCUCAGUGGUUUGAGCACUGGCCUGCUAAACCUAGGGUUGUGAGUUCAAUCCUUGAGGGGGCCACUUAGGAAUCUGGGGCAAAAAUCAGUACUGCUAGUGAAGGCAGGGGGCUGGACUCAAUGACCUUUCAAGGUCCCUUCCAGUUCUAGGAGAUAGGUAUAUCUCCAAUUAUUAUCUGCUCUGCCCUUCCCCCCACCCCAUUUCCUCCUGUCUCUACUUGCUCCCAGUUCUCCUUCUUGCUCAAUCUUAGUGUCUCCCCGUCCUAGUCUUUUGCCAGGCAGUCCCAUAGCUCCUUGUCGGAUGUCUCCAUCCUUCACCAGUGGGUGCCAGUUUGUCAUGCCCUCCUCUUGUUCCAAGCCUGUGUUUGAUUCAGGCACCUUACUCCUUCAUGCUGCCUGGGAGUCAGGGCCGGGGUGAGUGGUCAUUGACAGCACAGGAGAGAAUCUCCCUACUUUCAGUCCUGGUGCUCAGACCUGACAUAGCCCACAGCAGCUCAGCAUGGCUAAUGCUGGUGGAAUCUUUGGGGAAAUGAAGCCCUAGCCAGUGAGAGCAUGCACACUGUAGGUUUUUAGAUACUUGGCCAAAUUUGAAGGGGAAGAGCAAAAAGCACAUCCCUGACACAGGCUACCUCCCCCAGGCCACAUUUUAAGUGCCUGGUUCAAGGCAUUGGUCCUGCCUCAGCAGAGUCCUGGAAUUGAUGACUUCUCAAGGUCCCUUUCAGCCCUACAUUUCUGAGGGUGCUAGAGCAAAAAAUAAUUCAGCCUGAGGCAGACAGCUGGUCUAGAAAAUGUCACCCCAAAGGGUUAGUUUGGCAAAGUUCUAAGCAACUGAAAACGGGGUCUUAUAACAACAAAUGUCAGGCACCUUUAAUGCUGGGUGGUGCUACUGCCCUCACCUAUAGCAUUUACUUCCAUAUCAUGUACUUUUUGCUUGUUUAAAUUAAAAUAAAUAGGACCCUAUCAAA